AAAUAUUGUUUGGUGAAGGUUAUUUUUGUUUCAAUAUAGGAGUCAUAAUGUGUUGCUAUAAAGCUGAUCACAUAUUGCUAUAAAUCUGAUAUACCUAUAGAACUCUUUUAUGAACCCACUGAUCAUGUGUUCCCAAUAGAAGUCUGUUCUUUAAUUUUUUUUCUGGAUGUUGGUGUACCUGUACUCAACACUUUUUGGGUUAUAUUGUUUCUAUUUACUUGUAGGAUGUGGAGUGUUUACGUUCAUGAUCUCACAGUUCAUUACUUGGCAGAUGAAUUUGUUGUGAAGAAUAUUGAUCCUGAUGUAUAUUGCUACUUUGAUAUGUUAAAUGAUGUCUGUGAAAUAGCUUUGAAAGAUGUUCCUUCAAACGUCAACACUUCCAUAUCACUAAGUUGUGGAAUUCAUGGGUCAAUGCAAAAAAUGCAUGUAAACGAAGAUGCUGAUGUGGUGAAAAUGUUCCAGUUGAACAACAAGAGUACUGUGAUUCAUGUCUAUAUUGAUGGUGUUCAAUUCAUUCCACCAUUGAUAGAGGAAGCUUCUCAUCCUCCCCCACCUACAAAUAAAAGAAGUACUGCCAAGGAGAAAGAGGUUGAGGAUGGGAAUGAAGAUGAGGCCUUAUCUUACAGUGAUGAAUAUGGGUGGUGUGUGGACAUUGAGAGUGAUGUUAGUUUGAGUUGUGUGGAGUUAGUUGAAACUGAGUCAGAGAGUGAUGUGUCCCAAAUGUUUGGUUUGGAGGCCAUGAUGACCAAGAGACGGGAAAAGAAGAAAGAUGGGUCUUCAAGCACUGGAGCAGCAGAGAUAGUUGCUCAAGGAGGGAGUGAAGCUAAUGUGCCAACAGAGUCUGAAUAUGCAAUGUUCUAGUUUGUGUUGCAUAGGUUUAUAGUUAGCAAGGUACCUUUUUUUGUUGGCAUGGUGCCUUUUUGAAUAUGAUUUGUGAUGAUGCAUCUUUUGUGAUUUUUUUUUGGAUGCCUGCUAUUUUUUGGAUCCCACCUAUUUUUGAAUACUUGCCUAUUUGAUGUAAUAUGUUGACAAUGGGGAUUGUCAAAAUGCAACUUAGUAUUAUAUCAAUCCAAAAUUAUGC